AUGGCAGACUACGACGAUGAUCCCGCAGUGGAAGAUGAUUUCGAGAAUGAGGAUGAGGAAAUGGAAGAUGUAAAUGAAGCGGACGCAGAGGCCGAUGCUGAUCAGGAGGAUGAUGCGAACGGCGACGAGGACGACGAUGAGGACCAAGAGAAUGACGAUGAUGAGAAUGGCGAAGAUGAUGAGGACGAAGAUCAACCGGACUCACCCUCCCGACGAGCGACUCAACCUACCGCGCCCCGGCGGUCAGCACUUGAAACGCAACAAGCCAAUCCUGCUGUUGUCCUGACUUCAGCAUCGCCGCACCAUGGUGCCGCGCGGUCUCCUGGCGCCAGUAUCGUCAGGUCUUUCCUCCCGCCUACUCGACCUGAGGCGGUCACGGCGCAAGCCUACGAUAUCGUCCCCACCAUGGCGGCGCCGCAAAGUACAAGUAUCAACGCCAUCACCGCCACGCCCGACAUGCACUGGGUGUUCAGUGGCGGCACAGAUGGCUACGUGCGCAUGUACAAUUGGGUGGACACGGCCAACGGCAAAGUCCCACUUACCGUGGCGCAGAAGCAUCCGUUUGUAGACAGCGUAAUGAAAGCCGGCAGCCUACUAACUUACUGGGAGAAUGAAGACGCACUGUACCGAACGCCGACCAAGAACGGCGAGGAUGAGAGCAAAUGGACGAGUCCGGUGUACUCUCUGGCUGUGCAGCAUCAGGCACUCUGGCUAUUGUCAGGUCUGGAGAGUGGUGGCAUCAACCUACAGACCUGUCGACACCAAGCUGGCACCCGGAUUACUACUCUGAGGGAGCAUACAAGCGCCGUGUCGGUACUUACGCUGAGUCAAGACGAAACGCAGUUACUGUCUGGAAGCUGGGAUAAGGUUAUCCAUGACUGGGAUCUGCAAACUGGCAAAGUCAAGCGCUCAUUCCGCGGAUCUGGCGGACAGAUUAGCGCCAUCGAGCCACGACCUUCAAGCGAUGUACCCGUGCCUGAAGUGCCCGACGCGUUACCUAACCUGUCCAACGGUACUUUCUCCAGCAACAACGCAGACAAGCCGUUUCCGGAUGGCAUGUUUUCGGACGGCGACGAUGCAGACGCGCCGGGCUCGCCGAGCGGCAGCCUGUUCGGCGAGAACGAUCACGGCUCGCUGUUCGGCGAAGACAACGCGGCUGGUGGUGGAGGGGGAGCGUACGGCGACGAUCAGGGAGAGCUCCCUCAAGCUCUAGAGGACGCCUUGCACGACCCUGAUCAAGACGCACCUGGUGAGAUCGAUAUCGAAAUGGAUGACAUCGGUCUUGGUGGCCCUGUGCAGCCUCCAGAGACUGGCUUAGCACCACCCGAGACAGUACCUGAAGCAAUAGAUGCACAGCACGCCGCUCAAAUCGACGGCAAUGCAGAAGCAGAUGGCGGAUCUCAUACUGUCCACCCGACUGAGCAGCAGUCUACAGAAAAUGUGUCUACCGAGCUGCCGAACGGCCUUCCGCAUGCUCACGAGCCACUCACAGCGCCGCCUACAAACGAUAACUCGAACGCGACAAUGUCCUCUACCACCUCAGAUCUGCCACCCCAGUCGGAGUCCACAUUCCUCUCGACAUCGAUAGACGGCACGCUUCGCAUCUGGGACCGACGCGUCGCCCAGCCCAUCGCCGUCGUACACCCACAAGCUCUGACACCGCCAUGGUGCACAGGCGCCUGCUGGAGUCCCGACGGCAAUACCUUCUACCUUGGUCGUCGUAACAACACCGUUGACGAAUACAAUAUACACAAGCUUUCGUCAACCUCCCAUGCGCCUUCACGCCAGUUUAAGUUCCAGGCCGGUAGCGGUCCGGUGUACGCUGUUCGAGCUAUGCCGAAUGGUCGGCAUCUUGUCUGCGCCAGUCAGGAUAUUCUUCGUAUCUAUGACUUACGGCACGAGAGGGAGAGGGACAGUAAGGGGAGGAGUUCCGUGCCAUUUACGAUCGUGCCCGGACAUAGGGGUGGAUUCAUCAGUGCUGUACAUGUGGAUCCGACUUGUCGGUUUAUGCUCAGUGCUUCGGGUAACCGAGGCUGGGAAGGUGGCGGGACGGAGGUGUUGCUUGGGUAUGAAAUUGGC